AACCAUGCUCUUCUCCCUCUCCCCUUACACUGACAUUACGCCGCCGCCCGCAACAGGUACUCCUAUUUCUCUUCUUCUUCCUCAUUUCUUUCCUCCUCCUUGCUGCUCAGCCGCCGCCGCCGCCGCCUUCGCCGCAAGACCCGUCACCCUCGCUGGCCCAACCGCCGAUUCAGGUUUGGCAAAGCCACAAUUCUUUCUCUCUCCUCUAUAUUCCAUCUUCUUUCUUUGUCGUCCUCUUCUCACUCUCAAUCUUUCGCCCCAUUCGUCUUGCUCAUCCUCUUCUCCGCCUCUAUAUUUCUUCAUCCAUCCAAUUACGGCUAAAAAUAUACCUAGUUGACCAAGAAAGAAAUGGCCAAUCCAAAAUGACCUAGUUUUUCUAUUUGAUUUGAGCGGUGAAGGAGAGAAAGAUUGGGCGAAAGAACCUGCGGUUGUGACUGGCGCGGGUGAAUCGCAAACUAACUACUCGCCGGAGCGAUGAAAUAGAACGCUAGUGGCUAUCCGACGCUGGGAGCGUAGCCGACGCCAUCCGAGGGUUUCGAAAUAUUUUUGCUUGGCGUGGAACCAUGUCGCUGAAGGUGCUGAAUCCGAAUGCCGAGGUGCUGAACAAGUCUCAUGCUUUGCAUAUGAACAUUAAUGCGGCAAAGGGUCUGCAAGAUGUGCUCAGGACGAAUCUCGGUCCCAAAGGGACUAUCAAAAUGCUUGUUGGUGGAGCUGGAGAUAUUAAACUUACCAAGGAUGGGAAUACUCUUUUGAAAGAGAUGCAAAUUCAAAGUCCAACAGCCAUAAUGAUUGCGCGCACUGCCGUUGCACAAGAUGAGACAAGUGGAGAUGGCACUACUUCUACUGUUAUCUUUAUUGGUGAGCUUAUGAAGCAAUCCGAGCGGUACAUAGAUGAAGGAAUGCAUCCACGUGUUCUAGUAGAUGGAUUUGAAAUAGCCAAACGGGCCACACUGCAAUUUCUUGAAAAAUUUAAGACUCCUGUGAUGAUGGGUGACGAACCUGAUAAAGAGAUACUGAAGAUGGUUGCAAGAACAACCUUAAGGACUAAGUUAUAUGAAGCAUUGGCAGAUCAACUAACUGACAUAAUUGUAAAUUCUGUGCUCUGCAUUCGCAAACCUGAGGAGUCAAUAGAUCUCUUUAUGGUUGAGAUAAUGCACAUGCGCCACAAGUUUGAUGUUGACACUCGCCUGGUUGAGGGGCUUGUUCUUGAUCAUGGUUCAAGGCAUCCAGAUAUGAAGCGUCGAGCAGAGAAUUGUUAUAUUUUGACAUGUAAUGUAUCCCUGGAGUAUGAGAAGAGUGAAAUAAAUGCAGGGUUCUUUUACUCGAGUGCAGAACAGAGAGAAUCAAUGGUUGCAGCAGAGAGGCGCUCUGUUGAUGAAAGAGUCCAGAAGAUUAUUGAUUUAAAGAACAAGGUCUGCUCUGACAGUGAUAGCAAUUUUGUUGUCAUCAAUCAAAAGGGGAUUGAUCCUCCGUCACUGGACCUUCUUGCUCGAGCUGGUAUAAUUGCACUCCGAAGAGCAAAGAGGAGAAAUAUGGAAAGAUUGGUUUUGGCAUGCGGAGGGGAGGCUGUUAAUUCUGUCGACGACCUUACCCCUGAGUGCCUUGGUUGGGCUGGAUUAGUAUAUGAGCAUGUCCUUGGAGAAGAGAAGUAUACAUUUGUGGAGAAUGUGAAAAACCCCCAUUCCUGCACUAUCCUCAUUAAAGGUCCAAAUGAUCACACCAUUGCUCAGAUCAAGGAUGCCAUCCGUGAUGGCUUAAGAGCAGUUAAAAAUACCAUCGAAGAUGAAGCUGUUGUGCUAGGUGCAGGGGCUUUUGAGGUGGCAGCCAGGCAAUACCUUGUAAAUGAAGUGAAGAAAACUGUUCAAGGGCGCGCACAACUUGGAGUGGAAGCAUUUGCUGAUGCACUUCUUGUGGUUCCAAAGACACUUGCUGAUAACUCGGGGCUCGACACACAGGAUGUGAUCAUUCAACUUUCGGGAGAGCACGACAAGGGGAAUGUGGUUGGUCUUAAUAUACACACUGGUGAACCCAUCGACCCACAAAUGGAGGGCAUCUUUGAUAAUUACUCGGUCAAGCGCCAGAUCAUAAACUCGGGCCCUGUGAUUGCUUCUCAACUUCUACUUGUCGACGAGGUCAUCCGAGCUGGACGGAACAUGCGGAAGCCCACCUAGCUGGUAUGUGUGUUUUAUUGCUUGUUUUGAUUUGAUCGAUCAGAUUGGGGCGUCAUAUGAUUUUCUUGAUGUUAGAAAUUCAAGCAAUGGGUCGAGGGGAGGAUAUCAUGGAUUGUGUUUUUUUGGCGGGGUUUGCUUGUUUGAAUCUUAUUUCGUCCGAAUUAGUUUGAAGGAUUAUUUUGAAGCCUUUGAAAAAAAAAUGAUAAUCAGUUAAAAUUGAA